AGCUUUUGGUAGACAGUGAGCAUGCGUACCAUAGCUGAAGUUGAUAAAUUGAAAUUGAACAUGCGUAAUUAACCUUUCUGAAUAGGAAAAAAAAAUACACAACAAAACUCCUCGUUUGUGGAACAUGCGCAUUCGUUCUCAGAUCGUUAGUGUUGAAAGUGAGCAUGCGUAUAGUGAGAGGGCGGGUUCUCUGAAGUUUGAAAGGAACCGAAGCGGCUGGUUCGGGGGCUGUCUAUGAGUGGGGUUAAUGGUUGUUCACUUUUUUGAUGAAAUAGGUCUAGACUGUGGCUCAGCAUGUCAAUUGUGACCGUGCAGCUUGGUCAGUGUGGCAAUCAGAUUGGCUUUGAAGUAUUUGAUACCUUAUUCAGUGACUCACACAGUUCCCAGGGACUCUGCUCUAAGAGAGAGAAUGAGGCGUAUCAAGCAUCUUGCAAAGAAAGAUUCUUCAGUGAGGAGGAAAAUGGAGUUCCAAUUGCCCGGGCUGUACUUGUUGACAUGGAACCUAAAGUUAUCAAUCAAACACUGUCAAAGGCUGCCCAGUCUGGCCGAUGGAAAUAUGGCCAGCAUGCAUACUUCUGUCAAAAACAAGGUUCUGGAAACAACUGGGCAUAUGGUUACUCUGUUCAUGGACCCAGGCAUGAAGAAUCUAUAAUGAACCUAAUCCAGAAGGAAGUGGAGAAAUGUGACUCUCUGAGUGGUUUUUUUAUUAUAAUGAGUAUGGCUGGGGGCACAGGAUCCGGGAUAGGAGCGUUUGUUACACAGAAUUUACAAGAUCAUUAUGCACACUCUCUGAAAAUGAAUCAGAUCAUAUGGCCUUAUGGAACUGGUGAGGUUAUUGUUCAGAACUACAACUCCGUUUUGACGCUUUCUCACUUGUACCGAUCUUCAGAUGCGCUGCUUGUUCAUGAGAAUGAUGCUGUCCAUAAAAUAUGUGCGAAACUGAUGAAUAUCAAGCAGAUCUCCUUUAGCGAUAUCAAUCAAGUCCUCACACAUCAGCUGGGAAGUGUGUUUCAGCCUGUUUACUCUGCGGAAGGCUCAUUUCACUACAGAAGAAAUCCACUAGGAGACUUAAUGGAGAAUUUAGUUCCUCAUCCUGAAUUCAAGAUGUUGGGUGUUCGUAACAUUCCUCAGAUGUCUGAGAAUUCAUUGGCAUACAGCACGUUUACUUGGGCUGGCCUCCUCAAGCAUUUGAGACAGAUGCUCAUUUCUAAUGCAAAGAUGGAAGAAGGUAUUGAUUGGCAAGUACGACCUCCUGUAUCAGGACUUCCUCCUCUUGGUAAAAUGCCUCUCAACAAGGAGCUUCAUUUUAACACCUCCAUUGCUAAUUUGGUCAUCCUUCGUGGGAAAGAUGUGCAAAGCGCAGAUCUUGAGGGGUUUAAAGAUCCAGCUCUCUAUACCUCCUGGUUAGAGCCUGUUGAUGCUUUCAACGUGUGGAAAACCCAGCGAACCUUUAGCAAAUAUGAGAAGUCUGCAUCGUUGGUCAGCAAUAGCCAGUUCUUAGUAAAACCACUCGAUAUGAUUGUGGGCAAAGCGUGGAAUAUGUUUGCUUCAAAAGCCUACCUUCAUCAGUACACCAAAUUUGGAAUUGAAGAAGAGGACUUCUUGGACAGUUUCACAUUGUUAGAGCAAGUUGUUGCCAGUUACUACAACCUCUGAUUUUGAACAAAGGAAAACAGUAUCUUGAAGCAUUUUUGGACUAAAACAUCUUCAGUACUACUUUGUGAGGUUUUCAAAGUUCUGACUGUUAAAGUAACAAAGUAGAAUGCUGAGUCCAUUCUGUAUCGCAUACCCACAGAAAAGGAAGAUAUCUUUUAAAAUGAAAAAUAGCAUGUUAUCAAUGAAAACAUCUACUUGGUAUUUCAUUUCUAAGAAAAAAGUUGGUGCAUCGAUAAAGAACCUUGGAAACAUUUGGCUGAGAUGUUGGAACUCUGGAACUAUCCAAGAAAACAGAAUAUUCUGUUUGUCUUCAUGUUCCUAAGUCUUUCCACUUUACUCCAAAAAGGAUUCACUAAAUCCGAACUAAACUUUCAUAGCACAAUUUUAAGCUAAGAAAUUGUAAUUCUGUAGAAAUGCUUUGAACCACAAGAGGGAGAUGUUGUCAAAUGCUACAGUGUGAACAUCUAUUUUGAAUAUUGUCUAACAGGGUAAGCGUUUCCAUUCCAAGCAGCUAUUUAAAAAUAAAUGUCAGGAUUUUGGUGAGAAAUGCUUAUGUAUAAAUAAAAAAUAAGUAA